AAGCAUGGAAAACACAUUAAUGUGUACUUCAGUUGGCUCGAAUUAGAAAUCCUCAUUUUUAGUCCGGCAUUCAGUAAGGUAACAGAUCGGCCAACAAAAUUUUUUCAAAAACCAUUUGAAAUUUUUUUGAAAUUUUUAAAUUUUUUAACGAUGGAAAACGGUCCGGAAUUCAAUUGGGAGUACAGCCAUGGUGGUCAGGGAAAUCCCAACUACUCACAGAUGGGAAGGGGUAGUACUCCUCCUGGAGGCGGUGGUCGUCAGUGGCUGCACUCAAGUCAAGCGAACACCCAAAACUAUUUGCAUGGAUCCAGUGGAAUGGGAUCGCACCAGAAUAACGCAUCUCCAGGUGAUCCAUUCGCCUCCUACAACCAAAAUAUGAUGAACAUGUACACGAAUUUUAAGCCCAGUUACGGUCAUUCUCAAGUUGGCCCGGCUUCGGUACAGGGCAUGGGCUCAGAGCCUGGUCUUGAAAUGGGUAACAGAAUGGGCCAUUCCAUGCCCGAGUCUAUGGGAUUCGAUGGAGGCAUGGGUUCCGGCAUGGGCAUGAGCAAUGGCCUUGGCGCUGGAAUGCGAGUUGGUUCCAUGCGUGGUGGUCAAAGGUUAGCUGGAGGCUACUCUUCGAAUGGUCUCAAUGAUCCGAACCCUUCGCAAUCCCACCGUGGUAGUUGGUUCUAGAAGAGCCCAUUAGUUCCUAACUAACUUUACGAAUCUCAUUUGGCACUUGAAAAUUAAAUAUAAUAGGCUUCCCAUGAAAUGUAUAUUCACAAAGCAAGUAACUCGAAAUUUCCCGUUUAAGAAUAAUAAAUUGAUCACAUAAUAAAUAUUUGGCACAUUUAUCAAUCUGCGAUCACGU